CGGCGAUUUCGAACGGUUGUGUACGCGCGUGUACCGGCCGCAUCACAGAAAUUUUGUUGUGUUUUUGCGGAAUAUCGAAAAACAAAAAAAAAUUCUAAUGUUUAUUAAAUGAGUGUCGCAUUGCUUGCAACAAUUACUCCUUAAGAGUGCGUGCAAAGUGAGAGUGUAUAUUUAAUCGUCAGCUGUAAAUUACGAGAAUUCACAAUUGUCGCCAACGGAGCCGCACAGUCAGACAACAACAAAUGGAACAUGUUGAUGCCGAUGCUGGAAUACAACAAACACAUUGCCAAAAUACCAAAUUGCAAAAUGAGGUCGCUUAGGGCGUGGAUGCAGCAAAUGCUGCUAUUGCUGCUGCUGCUCUUUGGCCGCUGCGAUGUCAUCCGGGCGCUGGACAAUGCAGCCGGCAACAGCAACAACAACAACGGCGGCGGCGGCAGCAGCAUCGGUGGGUCCGGCUCUAUUGUGGGCGCGGUUGGCACAGCAUUAAGCGGACCACCAGGCGCACUGAAUGCCAAUCUCACGGAUCUAGGCAGUCCCGGUGUGUAUAAUUCGACAAAUGGUUUAAUGCUAAUUACAUGUAGAGCAGCUGAGCUGUUUGGCUGUGAGCUCCCCAACCAAAUUUGAGGCGACGCCGCCAUUUUGGCCUGUUUCAUCAUGUGUGCGUAAUACAUUGUAUAUGUGUGUGCGUUAGUGAGCUGGUGUGUGUGUAUUUUCUUGUGCGCAUUUCCGGUUUCCGUUUCCGCCGUCCACUAUCCGGCUGCCUUGGCAAAAAAAAAAAAAAAACUAUUAGCCACUUUUAGCAAAAUAACCACGCCCAGCCAGCCCAACUCUUAUAUACUUAACAGCUAUGCUCAACGCACACACACACGCACACCCACACACACUCUAGCAAAACACUAAGCAUCAAUUAACCCAAUUUUCAGAAUCCAUUUUCACCUGACUCGGGCGCUGCUCUCUGAGCUUUAGUUUUUUUCUCUAUAUACUUUUUCGAGCCACACUUCUUUCAUGUUUUCUUUUCUUUUCUUUUAUUUUAUUUAUUUUUUCUUAGUUCUUUUCCCAUGCGGUGCAGGAAUAGUGUAUUUAGUUUUGCUGUCCUUUUCCGAAAUAUUUUUUACGUUUUUUUCCUGGCCAACAAAUACUGUUUGUCCGUGUAUUUCCUAG